UGACAUCUCUGAGAAUGAGGGGUCCCAUGUAGGAACUGUCUAUGAAACUGAAGUUUAAACCUGGAAACACUAAAAGCUAAUGCUAAAAUGUUUUGCAUAUGCCCUUGCCCUCUGUGUGAGGCUAAAUACCGGUCCUCCAAAGAUUUCCCCAUCCUAAUCCCCAGAACCUGUGACUGUUACCUCAUGUAGCAAAAGAGAUUUUGCCGAUGGGAUUAAGCAUCUUGAUGUUGGGGAACUAUCCUAGUUUAUCUGGUGGGCCCAAUAUAAUCACACCCAUCCUUAGAGGAGUAGACAGGCAGAGGAGAAGGCCAUGUGAUGAUGGAAGCAGAGUUAGAAGAUGCUGCACCGCUGAUCUUGAAGAUGGAGGAAGGGGCUGUGAGCCAGAGGUUGCAGGCGCUUCUAGAAGCUGGAAAGGGCAAGGGAGUGGAUUCUCCUCUGGAACCUCCAGAAGGAACCAGCCCUGCCGACACCUUGAACUUAGCCCCCUAAGACUCAUUUCGGACUUCUGACCACCGGGAUUGUAAGAGAAAAAAGUGUCAAGCUAGGGAUGCGGUCCAUCCCCAUCGCCACCGCCUGUGCCAUAUACCAUAAGUUCUUCUGCGAGAUCGACCUGGACGCCUAUGACCCCUACUUGGUGGCCAUGUCUUCCCUUUACUUGGCCGGCAAAGUGGAGGAACAGCACCUGCGCACUCGUGACAUCAUCAACGUUUCCAACAGGUACUUCCACCCGGACAGCGAGCCCUUGGAGCUGGACUCGCGCUUUUGGGAGCUCCGGGAUAGCAUCGUGCAGUGUGAGCUGCUCGUACUGCGGGUUCUGCGUUUCCAGGUCUCCUUCCAGCACCCUCACAAGUACCUGCUCCACUACCUGGUGUCCCUCAAGAACUGGCUGAACCGCUACAGCUGGCAGCGGAGCCGCGUCUCCAUCGCCGCCUGGGCCCUGCUGCGGGACAGCUACCACGGGGCGCUGUGCCUCCGGUUCCAGGCUCAGCACAUAGCCGUGGCUGUGCUCCACCUGGCCCUGCGGGCCUAUGGGGUCGAGGUGCCCGCCGAGGCCGAGGCCGAGAAGCCGUGGUGGCAGGUGUUUAGUGAAGACCUUACCAAGCCAAUCAUUGAUAACAUUGUGUCUGAUCUCAUUCAGAUUUAUACCAUGGACACAGAGAUCCCCUAAGGCCCUGGUCCAGGCCUGCCCAAAGAGAAGUCCGUGACGCUCGGCGGCCUGGGGAUGGCACCGCCACAGGGCCGUGAACGCCGGCCCCCAGAGGACCAGCUGGAAGGGCUGGCGAAGGCGAUGACUGUCCCCGGCAGCCGCGGUCUGGACAGUGACAGGAGCCACGCCUCCAGCGGGCGGGCUGGGAGCGCACCGCGAGGGGCUGCCGAGAGGGGCUGCCGAGGCCAGGCGCCACGCCUGCUUUUGUCCUUUGAGAGGACCUGACUGCCGUCGAGGGUGAUGUCAUCGGAAGGAAAAUCAAAGAAAGGAUGGGACUGAGCCCCUGGGGAUUUUUUAAAAGCCUGAUUUAUAGAAUGAAUGAAUGUGCGACAUAGAUGGAACUUUAUUUUGUGUAAUAAAAGAUACAAAUGAA